AUGGGUAAUAAAUAUUUACCUGGGGUCUGCCUGUUUCUGUGUCUAGCUGAUUUGGUGCAAGUGUUUGGCUUGCAGCCAGUAACUGCAGUGGAAAACAACCAGCAAGAUAAGGUGUUGCAUCAUCGUGUGAAGAGAGGUUGGGUCUGGAACCAGUUUUUUGUGCUGGAGGAAUACACCGGAUCAGAGCCUUUAUAUGUUGGCAAGCUUCAUUCAGACAUGGACAAAGGAGAAGGUUCUGUCAGAUACAUCCUCUCUGGUGAUGGAGCUGGCACUGUUUUCACUAUUGAUGACAACACUGGAGACAUUCAUGCUGUACAGAGGCUAGAUCGGGAGAAGAAAACACACUACACCUUACGUGCGCAAGCCUUAGACAGAUGGACUGGGAGGCCAAUGGAGCCUGAAUCUGAAUUCAUCAUCAAAAUCCAGGAUAUCAAUGACAACGAACCAAAGUUUCUUGAUGGACCUUACAUAGCCAGUGUUCCUGAAAUGUCCCCGAUGGGUACAUCGGUGAUACAGCUCACAGCCAGUGAUGCUGAUGACCCCACUUAUGGGAAUAGUGCUCGAGUGGUGUACAGCAUCCUGCAGGGACAGCCAUACUUCUCGGUGGAAGCGAGGACAGGUAUCAUCAGGACAGCGUUAUCAAACAUGGACCGAGAGGUAAAGGAUGGGUACCAAGUGGUUGUACAAGCAAAGGACAUGGGUGGACAAAUGGGAGGAUUAUCUGGGACAACAACUGUAAACAUCACGCUCACCGAUGUCAACGACAACCCUCCCAGGUUCCCUCAAAAGCUGUAUCAGAUGACUGUGAUGGAGUCUGCAGUGGUCGGCUCAGCAGUGGGGAGAAUUCUUGCUAAAGAUGCAGAUGAGGGGUUAAAUGCCGAACUGAGCUACAGUUUCAUCGAUGGUGAUGGGAUGAAUGUAUUUGACAUUGUCACAGAUAAUAGCAACCAAGUUGGCAUCAUCAUCUUAAAGGAGCCAUUGGAUUUUGAAACUAAGGACAGCUACACAUUGACCGUGGAGGGAACCAAUACUCAUCUGGACCUGCGGUUUUUAAACUUUGGUCCAUUCCGGGAUACGACCAGGGUGGUCCUGGCUGUCGAGGAUGUGGAUGAACCGCCACAGUUCGACAUGACCUUCUACCAGGUGGAAGUUUAUGAAGAUGUCGGAGUUGGCACCACCAUCCAAACUGUUUCGGCAAAAGACCCAGAUGCAGCCAAUAACUCGAUCAGAUAUUCAAUCGAUCGAUCCACCGAUCCCACAAGAUUCUUCUACAUUGACAUAGCUUCUGGGGCUUUGAUGACUGCAAAAUCAUUGGACCGCGAGCAACUCUCAUGGCACAAUAUCACAAUCUUGGCAAUGGAAAUGAAGAACCCCACACAAAUUGGGAGUGUUUCAGUCACAAUUAAAGUCCUCGACAUCAACGACAAUGCACCAGAGUUUGUGAAGGACCGUGAAGCCUACAUCUGUGAAAAUGUUAAACCUGGUCAGCUGAUUCAGAUGGUCAGUGCGGUGGACAUGGAUAACCCUCAGGGCGGUCAUCACUUCUACUACAGCUUGGCUCCUGAAGCAGUGAACAAUCCAAACUUCACUGUGCGUGAUAAUCAAGACAACACUGCCUGGAUCCUGACCAGGAGAGGCGGGUUCAAGCACCAGGAGCAAGGCACCUAUUACCUGCCCAUUCUCAUCGCAGAUGCUGGCCUUCCAAUGCAGAGCAGCACCAGCACUCUGACGAUCAGAGUGUGUGGCUGUGACACUGACGGCAAUGUUAGGUCCUGUAAUGUCGAGGCCUAUAGUCUUCCAGUCAGCCUGAGCAGAGGUGCACUUAUCGCUAUUCUCAGCUGCAUCUUCAUACUUCUGGUGUUGGUAUUGUUUAUUUUAACAAUGAGGAGACACCAGAAGCAAUCCCUGAUCAUCGACAAUGAGGAAAACAUCCAUGAAAAUAUUGUACGAUACGAUGAUGAGGGUGGGGGAGAAGAGGACACAGAGGCCUUUGACAUUGCUGCCUUGUGGAAUCCCAGAGAAGUCCAGAUGACAAAAUCCAGGAGGGAUAUGCUGCCUGAAAUUGAAAGCCUCUCCAGAUACGUGUCACAGUCCAGAGCAGGGGACGACAAUGUAAACAGCUACAUUCUUGCAAAGUUGCACGAUGCCAAUUCAGACCCCUGUGCCCCCCCUUUCGAUUCCCUGCAGACUUAUGCCUUCGAGGGGAAUGGCUCCGUUGCAGAAUCGCUGAGCUCCUUCGAGUCGGCCACAACAGACUCAGACCUCAAUUACGAUUACCUCACCGACUGGGGUCCUCGGUUCAAGAAGCUGGCCGACAUGUAUGGGGUCUCUGAGCGUACCGAAGACUCGUUGUAGCCAGUGAGUGGAAGCUUCUUGAGCUGCGACAAACUGUGUAAAUGUGGAACUCCUUCCAUUUCAGCCUAAAAGGCCCAUAGUCAGGCUGAAGUGUCUUUGGAUUUUCUACCAGCUUUAAUCACACCAUGUAAGAACUGCAGCUGUAACAGCACAGUCACAUGAGAGAAAAACGAUGGAAAAAUAACCCUGAUUUGCUGAAGUCAUUAUUCGCCUGUGGGGGAAGAAGAACAGAAAAUGAAAGACAUUAAGGUUGCUCAGUCUCUGAGAAUUAAAGCGGUUAGAUCUUGCCUGUGUAAUACUGAACACUAAUCAAA